CUCACUAUAGCCCACAGUCCAUUCUCAAAUCACAUAUCCCUUUCACCUUCUUUCCCAAUAGCCACUCCACCCUGUCUUCUUUCCCUUAUACACUAAGAAGCAUCAUAUCUUUUGGCAUUAGUAAAGAAAUAAUAGCUUCCAUUGUUUUUUCUUUGAGGGUUCUAGUUACAUGGAUGAGAAGUGGAAACCAUCAAAGAAAGAAGGUUCGUCAUCAUUUGUUAGGAGUUUUUCAACCAAGAGUUCAUCUUCAAAAUCACCUCUUUUGAGAAGCUCUUCCCUUAAAAUCUCUUCUUCUCCAAGCAGCAGCAGCAGCAGCAGUAAUAAUAACAAUAAAUGUCCUCUUCCAAGGAGUUACUCCCAAAAGAGCUCAUCCAUUUCAAGAAAGUGCAGUAGCUUAGCAAAAGAACAAAAGGCAAGAUUCUAUAUCAUGAGGAGAUGUGUUGCCAUGCUUGUUUGCUGGCACAAACAUGGAGAUUCUUGAAAGAAAGGCAGUCACCAAGAUUCUUAUACAUACAUGGACAGAGAGAGAUGGAAAAUUCAAGAUUUUACAAAUAUGUAUCUUCUUGGCUGCUUUUCCUUUCCUUUUCUUUUCCUGGAGAUGGGGUUUUGAAGUCAUAAAAUUUUCUACCAUCCAAACAAGAAAAGAAAAUGGGAACAUAGAGAGGUUUUUUUUUUUCUUUUUUUUUUUCCUCUUGUUUUCUUUAGAAGCAGUUUGUAAUUACAAUAUGAAGAGAGCUACAAUUGUAAGAAAAUGAUCAUAAAUCAAAUAUAUAAUCUAAUUAUCAAGUCUCAAAACUAGCUACAUUUUUUGUUUCAAUUUCUUGCCCUAGUGAUGUUGAUUGUACCCUUUUCUUUCUUCUCCUUGAGAUUUUUGUUCAUAAUAAUUGG